AUGUCCAACAACAACAAUAAAGUCUUGUCAAAGUCUUCUAGCCGGAAGCUUUCCUUUCGAAGUAAAGAGUCAGUGAAUAUUAGUGAUUCUACGAAUACAAACAGUGGUUCCCUCAGCGGUAGCUUUAAUUCCGUUCGAGGAAGCAUCCGGCGAAUUCGUCGCGUCUCAGGUGCUACGACCUCCUCAAAUCCGAAUUCCAACUAUCCCGCUCAGCAAGAGGUGGUACCCGCUGUUAACAUGCAACCCUCUGCUUUUCCCUUCUCUCGUAUCCAGUCCACCAUAGCCGGUAUUGCUCGGGAACAAACCUCUCGUUUAAAGGAAAUAAGCAUAAGCCAGAAAACGGCAGAUUUAACGGCAGUUGUACAGGAGAUGAGCACUGAGCUGGGAAAGAAAGGUGCGGAAUUGGGUAAUAUGGCCAUGGAUCGAUGGAAAAAAAGAAAAGAAGACAAUCCACCCAACGGCCAUCUCUCACACAGUGAGAAUUCUAAGAAUGCGGUCGACAUCAACAUUCUUGGGGCACCCCUGAGGACAGCUGUCAUCUUAACUCGUGUCGAGAAGGACGUAAAGCAAAUUCGCAAGGAUCCAUUCAGGUACUGGCUACCCGCGAUCGUGGUGAGAUGCAUGGAAUUUUUGGACAAGUAUGGUUUGGAGGAGGUCGGCAUCUAUAGGAUACCGGGAAGCAGAACAACAGUGAUUCGUAUACGGGAUAUCUUCAAUGCUGGUGCCGAUUUGAACUUUUUGCAGAGCUCAAAAGAAGAUCCGCAUGCAGUGGCCGCACUUUUGAAAUCGUACUUUCGGGAGCGGUCGAAUCUUUUUAAAACCUUCAUUGAAAAUAUUGAUGUCGUCUUCGGCGACGGUUGUAAAAAUGAAAGCACGCUAUUGGAAAAUGAAAAACGUGAGCAGGAGGUGAAAGAAAAACGAACGCCGCAGAUAUAUCAUAAAACCUAUAUCUCGGAAGAUUUCUCUAAAAGCUUUGAGGACAUACUAACUCUCAACAAAAAAACCACGGCAAAUCCAUCGAGCCAUUCCUAUCCCUCCUCUUCUUCCAUAAAAGGGUACAACUUUAAGGACAACACGGAUGCAUCCAUUGACGAUCAGGAUAGUACUUUGAGAAAGUAUGUUUCAAACAACACUGCAGCAACACCGGCCACCUCAAUGGUGUCCAAUAAGACACCAGUAUCUAUUCAUAAGAGUACAUAUCUUCAACAAGCCAAUAAUAGCACAAUGAAUAACCCAUUUAGCGACGAUGAAUCCAUCUCGACGCUUAAAAAUGAGAUUCGAUCGGUGAACAUCGUAACGCCGAAAAGUGCAUCCUCCCCUCCGUUCCGUCUGAGGUCACGAUCCACAGGUCUGCGUGACAUACCUUUGACAAAUACCAUAGAGUUUCCUUUCGAUUCUUCAGAUAGCGAAGAUAAAGAUAAUCUCGAGAACCACGAAGAUGAUUCAACUUCACCUACGCUUAUGGCAUUUGAUUACGUUGAUAGGCAUGGUGCCAAGAAUUUGGGCGUACUAAAUCUAACAACAAGGAUACCAAACAACUGGGGGUCACAUGGUAAUGGUGUUGGAGACAACGGAAACAGUGUUGCACCUUCGUGGGUGAGGAGAAGAAGGCGAAGACCGGGUUUGGAAAAAACGGAGGAGUGGAAGAAAGCACUUUUGGAAGAUACGGAUGUUGAUACACCUCCGAAUGUGCCUGAAGAAAAUGAAAUGAAUCGCGAAAAUGAUAUGAAAGGUAUCAGCAAUGCCAAGGCAAUUAUCAAUAGGAUGAAUGGGAUCGGAGAUCCAUCGCAUGCUCGAGAAAAGACGAAAUCAUGCGUUCCAGUUGGAAAUUUAAUCGAUCUUUGA